AUGGCCGACAAGCUUCAUGAGGGUCAAGACGUAUCGUGGCGUUGGGGAGGCGGAAAUGCGGAGGGGAAGGUCGCUGAGAUUGUUACGGAAGGGAAAGCUGAGGUCACCAGCAACAAGGGGAAUACUGUCACCCGCAAUGCGCGCGGCGAAGACGAUCCGGCUGUAAAGAUCGCUCGUAACGGGAAUGACGUUGUAAAGCUUGCUCAUGAGCUCAACGAGGUGAAGGAGGCCGAGUGA